GACGGAGGGAGGGUCUCGACAGAAGCUUUCCUCGCGGCACUCUCGCGCUGCGAUGCGCCGAGCACGAAACGGAAUUUCUCUCUUUCCCUUUUCCCCUCCGUUUCUCUCCGAAAGAAGCGGAAGAACCGGAAAAGCACCCACCGGAAUUCACACCUCGGCGGACCCGAGUCGAUUUUCGCAUUACGUUUGUGCAAAAGGAUCCGGAGGGAAAAAAUACAAAUGUUUCGCUGACAAACCCCGGAAGUUUUCCCUGACUAGGUUAAAUUUCCCUGAUUUUUCCUGGUUUUCCCGGUUUUCCAGGAUUCUGCAGAAAAGAAUUCUAUGUAAUAAACGAGAUGAUUGUCUCGUAAUAAACAGAAGAGAGAGAAACGUAAAAAUACCUGUACUCCUCCAGCGCCUACGAUGAAUAAUAGCUGAACCAUGAAGAGGGCUGCCAAAAGGUUCAUCAGAGUCGUGCCUGCCAGGCUUCUCAAGUCGGAGAAGAGGCUAAAACAUAAAUACAGCCAAUCAGUAAAAGAUGCACUGAUUCAUUAA